AUGGUCGUUUUUUCCCCUGCUUAUCUUUUGUCCAAUUCCAAAGGUUCUCUGUGUUGUGCCUAUCUGCUGUUGUUACAUUCAAGAGCAACAAUGUCACGUUGGAAGGAUAUGAAUAAGGAUGAGCUAGAGAGGCAGUUCUCGCCCAGCCAGUGGUCGCACAGAAUGUCGGCAGACGACGUUAUCAAAUCCCACGUGACGGCGCUCAAAGAAGGUACGGAGCGUGCCCGUGGCCUGGCCCAGACCCUCCUCAACGUUCCCUAUGGAGAAGGAGAGGGGGAGAAACUCGACGUCUAUGUUCCCAUCACCACUUCUCUAGGUGUGUGUGUGGAAAUAAAUUCAUUAGGCCCUAAUCUAUGGAUUUCACAUGACUGGGCAGGGGCGCAGCCAUGGGUGGGCCUGGAAAUCAGAAUGAGUCCCCCCCCCAUCACCACAGACAGCCCUCAGGCAUCACCACAGACAGCCCUCAGGCAUCACCACAGACAGCCCUCAGGCAUCUCCACAGACACCCCUCAGGCAUCUCCACAGACACCCCUCAGGCAUCUCCACAGACACCCCUCAGGUGCGUUCCUGGUCAGUGGUAUAUAUGACCUCCUGCCCAUCCUGUCCACCUAUGUCAACGAGCCUCUGAAAAUGACAGAAGAGGUGGCUCUGAGGAACAGUCCUAGUCAGCUGGUUCCGCAGCUCAAACUCUCUUCCUCCAACUGUGACAUCGUGGUUGCCGUGGCGCACAACGACUCGCCAGAGUUCCGGAAGCAGUCGGAGGACUACUACAAAGCUCUGGAGUCAACAGAAGGACUGAAGGUAACAUUGGAGGACGUUCCAAACACAGAUCACUUCAACAUCAUCGAGCAGCUAGUCGACAGAGACUACCACCUCACUCAGCUGCUGUUAAAGAUGAUGGGGAAGAGCUAAAGAGAUACAGGGACACCGGCCAAUCAAUGAAGAGAUACAGGGACACCGGCCAAUCAUUGAAGCGAUACAGGGACACCGGACAAUCAUUGAAGAGAUACAGGGACACCAGACAAUCAUUCAUUUACAUAUCAACCACAAACACCUCUGUUCUGAACCACAUCUAGAGGCGCCACGCACCAGUUAUUAUGGACUGAUGGCUAUUGGCUAAACAAGGUGGUUAGGUAACAGGUAUUAAGUACAAAAAAAAAAGAUGCAUGAAAUGAAAUGAAAUGUAUGCAUUCACUACUGUAAGUCGCUCUGGAUAAGAGCGUCUGCUAAAUGACUAAAAUGUAAUGUAUUAUGUUUUGUGUUACAGAACCUCCGGGGUGAAGAUUCCCUUAGUUACAGUUCUUGGAUCAGUUUUGAUUCCACUUAACUUUAACUAUUAGUGGGAAAAAAUGCAAAACUGACCCAAGAUCAGCAUAUAGGGGCAACUUCACCCUGCUCCGUUACAAAAGCUAUCGCCUAGAGUUCUUCCUGGUUCAAGUCAUGACCAGGAAAUACUCCAGGCCCUGCUUUAUGUCUUAUAGAAAAGUGGGCAAUCAUUUUGGCUCAAAGGCCGCAUCGGGAUUUUCUAAAUUCCACAGAUUUUUUUCCCGGAAUGAUUUGUUUGUCAAAAGCAAUUUGUGGGCCAGAAAAAGGGAAGUUAUUUAACUUUUAGGUCCAAUAUAAUCUCUACAUAUUUUCUCAUUUUAAACGUUCAAGAGCCAUGUUCCCUCUAAGCUGCGACUUCCUCCAGGACUGCUGCGCAGAAGAUCUUUUGAGAGUGUAUUUGUGUUAGAGGCACAUGGUUUUGAUAGGAGUGUUAGUCUCUUGUGGUCGGCUACCUCAGUAAGUCUUCACAGACUGGCUGGUAACCUCAUGAUGAUACAUCCUACUCUCCUUACCUACACAGCUAACCUGUUGACAUCUUUUAUUUAACCUUUAUUUAACUAUGCAAGUCAGUUAAGAGCAAAUUCUAAUUUACAAUGAUGGCCUCCUUGUAAAGCCCCCCCGGCCAAACCCUCCCCUAACCCGGAUGACGCUAGGCCAAUUGUGCGCCGCCCUAUGGGACUCCCAAUCACGGCCGGUUGUGAUACAGCCCGGGUUGGAACCCGGGUCUGCGAUGCAGUGCCUUAGACCGCUGCGUCACUCGGUAGGCCAUGCCGUGAUGAGACGGUAGAGAUUGAACUUCACUGAGUUCGCCCCAUUAGUUUGCACUAUAUAGAUAAUCGUUUUUUCUGUGAUGGAAUCAACAUAUCAGCCCUUUUCAACGCAACAAAUUUAACUUUGCAAGAUUGAGUCUAUGAUUGUAUUGUAGGCAGAGCCAUAGCGCAACCGAGUAGAAUUCUAUUGGUGGGGGUAGCCCACUAGCGGUAUUUCAAUCACCCACGAGUGAAUGCGCUUUUCAGAUUAGUUCAGAUCAGAGCGUAGAGCCGCGCUGUGUACAUUUUUUGAUAUUCUUUGCUAGUUAGCGACUUAUUAGCCUAGUUAUAGAUAAGUAUAGGUCAGCAAUGUUGAGUUACUGUUUCCUACAAGAGCACAAAACCUGUAGGCUACAUUUCAAGCUGUCUUCGAAAAGUCAGUCAGGUAAAAAGCUUAUGUCUUAAUUAAAGGGGCAGUGUUGUAUUUUGAGACAGGUUUGAAUAUUCAAAUAAGCCAAUAGGCAGAGGGGUAGCCUACAUUAUCUAAUUCUCUGUAUGGUAAUCAUAAUGAAUUGUAUUUUGUAAGUGGUUUCUUGCAUCAUACAACACAAUACAAUUUACAGUCACCUAUUUGGCCCAUGGUGUUACAGACCAAGUAAAAAAAUCAUUCAUGAAUUAACGUCAAGCCCUUCAUAAGGAAAAUAGUAUUAUAAAAGUGUCAUGCAAUUUAGGCCUGCAUUGAACACCACAUAUAGGCUACUGUAGGCUAUAUCAUAGAAAUCAAAAGCUAUUUCCAUGUGAACAUGUUAUAGGAUUUGCUCCAUUGGUUUUGUUGGUAGGCCUACAUUAUGCUUCAAUAGUCACAACAGCCUAUUGGCUACUGUCUAAAACUAAGCGUACUGCCUAUUGGCUACUGUCUAAAACUAAGGGUACAGCCUAUUGGCUACUGUCAAACUGUAAGGGUACACUGUAAACUCACACAAAACCUAACAUUUGCUCAGUGCCCCAAAAUAUAAGAGGGAACAUUGUU